GCAUUUGCAGUAGGGUUAGCUCAAUUUCCCAAGAAUAUACGGUAGGGAAUUCUUUCGAGCUUCUACUGGUGCUUACUGCUACUGUAUGUACCUGUACCACUGCACAGUGUCUUUGCCUCAACCAUCGCGCCUUCACAUACUGUACAGGAGAGUCCAAGUCGGCUUCAUCUGAGCCGUUGAACCUGAACUCUAAGGUAGUUUAGCAUUCCAAUCAGCAAAGUAUGCGUACAAUACAAGGCUCUUUCCCACAAAUCUGGAGAAGGAAUAUGUAACAUAUCGCCGUUUGACAGUCAAAAUCCCGUCCGAUUUCGUUCACACUACAGCAUCCAUCCGACCAAUGCGACCAUCAUGGAGACGAACACAGCAUUAUCACGCUUGCGCGCCGCGAUAGGAGAAUGGAACAAGCUCCUGACGAGAGCGGAGAAUUGCCGGUUGGACCCCGACCGCUUCGCCGAGUUUGCCCGGAUCCUGUUCGCAAAGCAUCCGCUUCCACCAGACCUCCUCGCCGAUCUUUUGUUGCGUCCGACGCCCAGCUUCUGCUACGCGCCCGACAGACGAAAGCGGGCGUACCUGCACGAGCUCAAGGAGCAGGGCCGCCUGAGCGCGGGCGCCGUGCUGAAGGCAGCAUACAAGUACUCAACGGCACAUUCGCUGGUGCAGGCACAAACGCACGAUGCGGCCGUGUUUGCUGGCGACACAAUCAAGAAGGAGCAGAAUGGUGCCACAAAGGAGUCAAGGAAAAUCGCCCGAUGGAAGCAUUCGUACGAGUUUGAGGAGAACUUGCUGUUACGUCUUGCAAAGGCGGUGGACCAUGGCUCGGAAAUCAAGACUAGCAAGCAUGUCCUCGACGUGGCCAGGGUCAUAGCCAGGUGGAUGACGCUCUACACUGAAGCUGCGGCCGCUUUUUCGCGAGAUAUGUUUGGCUCUAUACACGGUCUUCAGGCUAAGGACGAGACCGAGAAGUCUCGAAACGCCUUUGUACUAUUUGUGUUCACUUUUAGUCAAAACCAGGUAGUUCUGUCUACACUGAAUCGCCCAAGCUUCGAAGGCAUCUGCAGAGCGCUUUCCGAGAGCUUGGAGCGUUUCCUCCCCUUGGUAAUGCAAGCGUCGUCCGAGAUCGCAGGGCAGUUGGAGCUAUUCCGGACGCAAACUCUCUCCAAGUUCUUGCCCGCAGAUAAGAAGGACGCGGCUGUGUCCGAGAUGAACAGCUACAUGGACAACCUCCUGGGUCUAGACAGCUUCCAGCUUCCGGAUCUGCCCAUAGUCAACUCGAGAGCAGGCUUAUACAUCUAUCUAAACGCUGCGCUUGUCGGUCGGCCUCUGCUCGACGAUGUCGCCCUGUUUACAUACCUACACAACAGAUAUCAGGGGGAUUUACAAUCGACAGCCGUACAACUCAUCCUGGCAUCCUUUGACAUCCUAGCAAACGCCGUCUUCCGCAACGAGGGGCCAAAAACCGGCCAUGUGCUUAAGUCUUACGUGGUCAACAAAGUGCCCCUGAUCCUAGUCUCGCUGGCGGCCUCGUCACCAAUGUAUCCCUUCAAUCCCGAGAUGUGCAUUACAGAAGCGUUGGGCCAGGUGGACACCAACGUGUUCCCCACGCUUUCCGGCAUGUUCGAAAUGAGCAACACAGGUUCUUCAUUUCACGAUUCGGUCCGGCAAGACUUUUGCUUCUCUUGCCAGCUCCAUGGAUUGCUUUCGCAGAGGGCAAUAGAAAGCCUUUUGGGAGAUAUAACAUACCAGUCCUUGCCAGAUGAAGGUCGUUACGUGAAGGAGAAUCUAGUUCAGUCAUGUCUCCAAGACGUGGAUAGAGCACAGAAGCUGAUUGCGGAGCUGGAUAAUAUGAAUGGGAAUGUGGGCGCAGCAGCGCAGGCUAUCAUUGAGGCAUGUGAUGCGGAUUCAAACGAGUGCUUCAACGGGUAUGCUGACCCGUGGCUACAGGUGAUUGGGAGUCUCUGCCGAAGCAAAGAAACGAUGACCCUCAAGCAGCUAUGCAGCCAGCUAGCCGGAAAGCCCCUGGCACUGGACGUCCUUCUUCUUUUCGAGAGACCGCAUAAGAUUCUGCACCCGCUGUGUGAGCUCCUUGAUAACUGGGGCGCGUAUGACGAGGAUCAGGGCGAAUACCAGCCCGUGUACGAGGAGUUCGGGUCAAUCCUGCUUCUCCUGCUCGCCUUUGUGUACCGGUACGGUCUCUCGCCGGCGGAUCUGGGCAUCCGCUCGCCAGACUCGUUCAUGGCGAAGCUUUUGAGCGGUGGCGAUCUCUGCCGGCCACUGGAGGAGCUGGACGACCAGGAGAAGGCCCACCUUGCCGGCUGGAUUCAUAGUCUUUUUGGCACCGAAGCCGGGGCUCUCGGGGAUGAGACCAUGUCGUCGUGUCCUCCGCAGGAUUUCUAUCUGCUAGUGCCCACUCUGUUCCACCAAGUUGUCCUCGCUCUAAGCGCCGGGCGUCUCAGCGACGAAAUGUUAAAAGGCGGAGUCGAGUACCUGGUUCAUGUCCUCCUGUUACCAUCUCUUGUCCCGGCGAUCUUGUACUUGUCGAACCAACUGUGGGCAGGCGGCCCCCAAAUACAGGGCGCCAUCAUCAAGAUGCUGCAGCUCAUCUUGCAACCAACAUCCAUCUCCAAUGAAGCAUCAGCCAUGCUCUCGUCUGUACUGAACAUUGUGGCCAAGCCGCUGGAGCACGCUUUACGGUCAUACCAACGCCAGGACCCCAAAUGCCAGGAGGUGGAGCCGCUCCUUCGCGCCAUCCAAGAGAACCUCUCAGUCUCGCGCCGAACAGGCGGCGCCGAUCACAACGAACUCGAGUCGUGGACCAGCGCGCACACGAACAUUAGCAACACGACCGCCGCCGCAGCAAACGGCAGCCCCGCCACCAAUACCGCCACCGUCGCGAACGGUGGCCUAUCCGCCGCCAUCCGUCACACGGUCCAGUCGCUGGUCCAAUGGGCCCAGCAUCCGCCUCUGAACGGCAUGCCCGCCACGUACACGCACCGCCAGACGCUCGUUGCGCUCAAGAUGCUCGGCGCCAAGCGUCUCCUGGCCAUCCUCCUCGACGAGCUCAAAUCCUUCGCCCACACCCCGCAGUCCAGCAUUGCAUACGACGUUGUCACGGCCAUGAUUUGCGCCCCGGACGCAGCGAGCGAUGCCGCGCUGACCGGUACUAGUAGUUUCGGUGGUGGCGGCGCUGGCAACGACGGCCAUGGGAGUGACGUGCACCACGCACCGUCGCAGCAGCAGCGGCGCAUCACGCUGCGCGAGGCGCUCAAGGCCGAGGCCGAGGGCUGCGCUCGGCGCAUACAGAAAACCGACCCUGUCCUGGCCGAGACGGUCGUCAGGCUCCACCGCCGCGUCGAGGCGCAGCUCGCCGUGCCGGCCCCCUCGGCGUCGUCGGCCGCCGUCGCCGCCGCCAUGCUGCAGGGGACUGAUGGCCUCGUUGGCGGGCUGGGCGUCGGCGGGCACGAUGCCCUGGGCGAUGCUAUUGCUGCUGCCGUGGCCACGGGUGCCGCUGCGGGCGAUCAUUCGGUUGUUGAUGCCAUGUCCCUGGAUACGGCUGGGUUGGAGGGGUCGGGGAUGGAUUUGGGUGGGUUGGGAAGCGCGACGGGUUCGGCGGCGGGAGGGGGGUUGGAUUUGGGAGGGGAUGAGAUCUUUGGUGGGUUGUCGGGGGCGAGUGAUUUUGGGGCGGAUUUUUCGGCGUGGGAUAUGGAUAUGAGUUGA